AUGGUAUCACCCAAAUUACCUCUGACGUCAAUAAGAUCGAAUUUAUCCUCCGAGAAAACAAAAAGUCAUAGACAAACAAAUAUAAUGUCAGCAUCUGAAGAAAAGUAUAAACCUAGUCUUAUACCCAGACGUAGAACUGCAAAAGGGUUUCACUGUAAAGAACCAGUUUCUAUUCAAUCCAUAAAUAAAAAUAUAUCAAGCAGGCAACAAUCUCUUAUUAAACAAACAAAUAGUCAAAGAGUACAACUUUUGAAUAUUAACCCAGACUGGUACUUAGAAUCUGAUAGGAAUUCAGAUAUACCACAGGAAUCUAAUGUAUCGAAUGCAACUAUAAAUACAGAUUUACAAAGCGAUGGCACUUCCAAACCGAACGAAAAUGAACCAAGUAAUGGACUAGAUAAUACAACGAAUAUGAAAACGUUCCAUAUAACGGAUCCAUUAAAAGUAUUUAAAUUUAAAAAUGAUAAUAUUAGCAAUUGGAUAUCUUCAGAAUUAGAUAAUUCAACUAAAGAUGAUGAAUCUGGUAUACAAUUUCAUAAUUGA